GCUCACACACAGGAGGAGAGCAUUGCGCCGCCAUAUCUGCUGCCGCCGCCGCAGUUGCGAAUGCAGCAUCGGCACUCCGCUGCCUCGCGGUGCCGCUAAGGUUCCUGCCGCUACUCCUUGACCCUCCGCUCUUGCUGCCUUCCCCGUGCCGGGGCAGCCCGCCCUUUCUGGCUUGUUGACCUCGCCACACACCGGGUUCUAAGAGCAUGGAUCCCGGCAGCAGCAGCAGCAGCGACUCGGCGCCCGAGUGCUGGGACCAGGUGGACAUGGACACCCCGGGUUUGGCCCCGAGUGGGGACGGAGCCGCCUCCUCGGCAGUGGCCGAGGCCCAGCGCGAGCAUCUCAGCUCGGCCUUUAGCCGUCAGCUCAACGUCAACGCCAAACCCUUCGUGCCUAACGUACACGCCGCGGAGUUCGUGCCGUCCUUCCUGCGGGGCUCGGCCCAGCCGCCCACCCCCGCCGCCGGCUUGGGCAGCAUGGAUGAGACCUGCACCAGCGCGGGAGACCCUGCUGCAGGUAAAAGGCUGGGACGGGGGGCACCUGUGGAACCUCCCAAAGAACUGUUAGUGUGUGAAGGUUCCAAUUCAGCCGUUACCAUGGAACUUUCAGAACCUCUUAUAGAAAAUGGAGAGGUGGAAAUGAUCUUAGAAGAAUCAUGGGAGCACAGUAAAGAAGUAAGUGAAGCAGAGCCUGGGGGUUGUGUCUUGGGCGAUUCGGGGCCCCCAGAAGAAAGUGGCCAGGAGAUGAUGGAGGAGAAAGAGGAGACCAGAAAAUCCAAAUCCUCUGUCGUACCCUCAGGUGCUCCCAAAAAAGAACACGUAAAUGUGGUGUUCAUUGGGCAUGUGGAUGCCGGCAAGUCCACCAUUGGAGGGCAGAUAAUGUUUUUAACUGGAAUGGUUGACAAAAGGACACUUGAGAAAUACGAACGAGAAGCUAAGGAAAAAAACAGAGAAACUUGGUAUUUGUCCUGGGCGUUAGAUACCAACCAGGAAGAACGAGACAAGGGAAAAACCGUAGAAGUGGGUCGUGCCUAUUUUGAAACUGAAAAGAAACAUUUCACGAUUUUAGAUGCCCCUGGCCAUAAGAGUUUUGUCCCAAAUAUGAUUGGUGGUGCCUCUCAAGCUGAUCUGGCUGUGCUGGUCAUCUCUGCCAGGAAGGGAGAGUUUGAGACUGGAUUUGAAAAAGGUGGACAGACGAGAGAACAUGCGAUGUUGGCCAAAACAGCAGGGGUAAAACAUUUGGUUGUGCUUAUUAAUAAGAUGGAUGACCCCACGGUGAAUUGGAGCUGUGAGAGGUAUGAAGAAUGUAAAGAAAAACUGGUGCCGUUUUUGAAAAAAGUCGGCUUCAGUCCCAAAAAGGACAUUCACUUCAUGCCCUGCUCAGGACUGACUGGGGCUAACAUUAAAGACCAGUCAGAGCUCUGCCCCUGGUACACUGGAUUACCAUUCAUUCCGUAUUUGGAUAAUUUGCCAAACUUCAACAGGUCGAUUGAUGGGCCAAUCAGGCUCCCAAUUGUUGACAAGUACAAGGAUAUGGGUACUGUGGUCCUGGGCAAGCUGGAAUCGGGAUCCAUUUAUAAAGGCCAACAGCUCGUGAUGAUGCCAAAUAAACACAAUGUGGAAGUUCUUGGAAUUCUUUCUGACGAUACUGAGACUGAUUUUGUGGCCCCAGGUGAAAACCUCAAAAUCAGGCUGAAGGGGAUUGAAGAAGAAGAGAUUCUUCCCGGAUUCAUCCUUUGUGACCCUAGCAAUCUUUGCCAUUCCGGACGCACAUUCGAUGUCCAGAUAGUGAUUAUUGAGCACAAAUCCAUCAUCUGUCCAGGUUAUAAUGCGGUGCUGCACAUCCACACUUGCAUUGAGGAAGUUGAGAUAACAGCCUUAAUCUCCCUCGUCGACAAAAAGUCAGGAGAAAAAAGUAAGACACGGCCCCGCUUCGUGAAGCAAGAUCAAGUGUGCAUUGCCCGAUUAAGGACAGCCGGGACUAUCUGCCUUGAGACUUUUAAAGACUUUCCUCAGAUGGGCCGCUUCACUUUGAGAGAUGAGGGUAAGACCAUUGCAAUUGGAAAAGUUCUGAAACUGGUUCCAGAGAAGGACUAAGCAGUUUUCCAGAUGCCUCUGCACGAUACUGUGAGGAUAAUUGACUGCCAAUGUCCACCACCUUCUCUUAUUUAAUGCCCAUGGAUAGACUUCUUUCCAUAUUUUGCAAAAGGAAAUUUCACAGCAAAAACCCAUGUUUUGUCAGCUUUCUCAUGUUGAGAUCUAAGUUAUGUCACUGUUGACUUUACCUUCAAGUUUCCUCCCUCUAUACCACUCUGCUUUCUUGGACAGAAUCAGUAAUAGCUUUGUAAGUGAUGUGGAUGUAAUUGCCUACAAUAAUGAAAAAUUAAUAUAUUUUUAAUUUUUCAUUUUCCUUUAGGGAAUUUAGACAACCUUUGUCCACGCCAGCCAAUCAGAGUGUGUCAGUGUGUGUGUACAUGUUAAAAAGACAACUAACAUGUCAAUAAAGUAUUCCAUCUGAACAUA